AUGAGCGGCGGCGAGAGUUCUGGUGACAGGUGGGAGAGUGAGAAUCAGGGAAAACCAAUUGCUGUGUCGCCAGAAAGAGCUGCGCGUCAGGAGACAGAAGGAAAGCUGGAAGGUCAGGCAGGAAGUGUAACGGAGACCUGGAGGGAAGAAUCCUUUUCUUUCCAAGAAAACGACUUCCCAGAAAUUCAGCAAACGAUACACGCAGGUGAAAAUAAGAAUACUUGCACCAUGUGUGGGAAAAUAUUCAGAGAUGACUCAAACCUUAAGCGACACCAGAGAACCCACACGGGAGAAAAACCAUUCCAGUGUUUGUACUGUGGGAAGAACUUCAGUCGGAACACAAACCUCACUUCCCAUCAGAGAAUCCACACAGGGGAGAAACCGUAUACGUGUUCAGUGUGUAGCAAGACCUUUUGUGACAAAUCCAGCCUUAAUCGGCAUGAGAGAAUCCACUCUGGGGAAAGACCGUACGAGUGCUAUGAGUGUGGGAAAAGUUUUGAUCUCAGCCAAUCUCUGAUCAGCCACCAGCGAACCCAUACAGGAGAGAGACCGUAUAAAUGCUUGGAAUGUGGGAAAACAUUCAACCGGAGUCAAAACCUUCUUAGCCACCAGAGAAUCCACACAGGAGAGAAAUUGUAUAAAUGCUCAGAAUGUGGGAAAAGCUUCAGCAGAAGCCAGAACCUGACAAGGCACCGGAGCAGCCACACGGAGGAUAAACUGUACGAAUGCUACGAGUGUGGGAAAAACUUCCGUCUGAGCCAGUCCCUGAUCAGCCAUCAGAGAAUCCACACUGGAGAGAAACCGUAUACGUGCUCCCAGUGUGGGAAAAGCUUCAACCGGAGUCAAAACCUUAUUAGCCAUCAGAGAGUCCACACAGGAGAAAAACAGUACAAAUGCUUAGAGUGUGGGAAAAGUUUCAAUUGGAGCCCAGAUCUCCUUCGCCAUCAGAGGAUCCACACUGGAGAGCAGCCAUAUAACUGUUCAAAAUGCGGAGAUCGCUUCAAUCGGCGUGAGAAUCUUAUUAGACAUAUGAGAAUACACAUGGACAAAACUGUGUUGCAUUGAGUAUGGCUUACUCAGAG